UUUGUCUGGGCGAUAGAGGCGCUUGUUUAAUUGAGUAAGGCGUUCUGCACUAAUGGUCCCUUGCUUCCUUGCUAAUUUUGCAUUAUUAUCUAUACUACAUGGUCACCGCUUUAUCUCAAAUUGCGUUUAUUAGAUUGAGGUACAUGGCCGGUUUAACUCGUAUUAAGCUGAUGGGCCCUCAAAUCGAGCGUCUCAACCAGUUCUUCAACUCAGUAGAUGGGCCAAGCCGCUCAGAACAAGAUGGUUGUCUGCAACGGUUAAAGAGUAUGAUUUGGGCGAUUGGGGUAAGUUUCAUGAUGUCGUAUAGCGUUUUGUGGCACCUAGGAAGAGGGGUACUGCCAUAGGUUUUUGUCCAGCAUUCAUUUGUGCUUUGAAUAUAGAGCUUUUACCUUCAUUCAGGUUAAAAUACAGGUUGAGAUGGCGUCAGUUCAG